UAUAAAUUCCAUUCGCCCCGAGCGCCAUUAGUACACUCAGAACCAAACUGCCAAGCAGUCAAGAUGUCGAGCUCUAAACUAGCUUUCCUUAUUCUGGUUAUUGCCUGCUUGGUCCUCAUCGCUUGGGCACGACCUAGGUCGAGAUCUUCAAUAUUCAAUGAGGUCACAUCGCUGCCGGCGGAGCGGAGAAUGAGCAACGAAAUCAUGGACCAGAUAUCGCCCAUGAGGAGGCCACACAGGAGGGACUACUUCGUGAAGAAGCGCCCGCUCAUCAGCUCUAGGAUGAUGAUGUCCCGAAGUCCCUUCCCCGGCCGCUUCUACAGCGAUGCAGUGCAGCAGAUUGCCCCAGGUGGAGCCAACUACUUUGGGAAUGACGUCCUGCCGUUUUCGACCUACGAGAUCCUGGAACCGGAGUCAUUGUAUUAGAAGUAGUAAACGAAUUAAAUUUAAUUUAAUUUUACAACUGACAAGGUGUUCAUGUGUUCAUAUAAAUGAAAAAUAUAAUUAAUAGUUUGAUAACCCACA